AUGACAAGCCUGAGAAUAUUGACGGCCCUGGACACUACUGCUUUGUGGCUUUGCUUUCUCCUUCCCUCGGUGCUCUGUGACAACCUGCUUUGCUACUACAGCCCCAUCCUGGAGAAAGAGAUGUCUGAGCUCAUUGUGACCGAGUGCCCUCCCAAUAAGGUGUGCUUUAAGUCAAAUGGCCGGUAUGGGAACCACAGUGUCCUGUCAGCCAGGGGCUGCAUGGCAAAAAAGGACUGCAGCCAGCAGCAAAAAAUCCACUUCAAGGGGACAACCUACACCAUAAGCUACAACUGCUGCGAUCAGCCAUACUGUAACUCAUGCCUGAACGUUGCAGCGGGACCCCUCUAUAUCACUUUAACACUUGUAGCUGUAGGUGUGAUGGGUGGCAGUUUUUGA